AUGGCUAUAAAGAAACUCGAUUACGGCCAAAACCAUCCAGAUAUCUCUGGAUCGCAUCAUGUACAUUCUCAUGAAUCAAAAGAUGGGCACCAACGCAUACAACAGCCACUGACGACCUAUUCGCUGAUGCAAGCCGAUGCCAUGACGCGAGAAGAUCUUGCGAAAAUAUAUAACUGGAUGACCUCUCUCGACGUUACUAUAUAUAAAUACAAGAACUGUCUCUAUGGCGAAACAUCGUAUAUGCAGCAAGAUAUACCGGUAUAUAUUGAGCAUUACCUUGCACCUGUUCAUCAGCCGCCAGUCAAGCGCUCAAGAUGGGAGUCAUCUUCCUAUGUCGAGAUUUACACCUCUGGUAUAUCCUACAACUCAACUGCCCGAUGCCAUGUUUCAGUCACCCGCGAUGCCAAAGCUUCAAUCACAUCGAAGGCAUCGGCGCUUCCCACCCCUUCUAUACCACUACAAACAGGCUGGGGUGUGCGCGCUCAAAUCGUAUCCUCCAGACGGAAGACUCUUGCCUUAUCUCAAUCCACGAGACCGGGCGUCUCAGGCGAACCUGAGGCUUAUAAACCCACAGGACCCAUUCAUGUAUACGCUUACACCAAAGAAGAACAAGCCUUGGACAGAACAUUCGAGAAACUGGUUGCCUCCACCAUCAGCCUUUUGAACAUGCGCAGUGUCCAGGGACAACCAACGCCAUACAUGGGCAGACUACAACUCACGGGAAUUUUACAUCACCAGGUCGGUGGCAAAUACUUCCCUGGCAGCUUCUACUAUAAGCCGUUGCGUUGGAGGAAGCUGCAUGCUGCCAAUGAUGGCGCUUGA